UGUCAGAAGUCACUGUAGCCGUAAUGCCGGAACCAGCCAAGUCCGCACCGGCCCCUAAGAAGGGCUCCAAAAAGGCGGUGACCAAGGCGCAGAAGAAGGACGGCAAGAAGCGCAAGCGCAGCCGCAAGGAGAGCUACUCCGUGUACGUGUACAAGGUGCUGAAGCAGGUCCACCCCGACACGGGCAUCUCGUCCAAGGCCAUGGGCAUCAUGAAUUCGUUCGUGAAUGAUAUUUUCGAGCGCAUCGCUGGCGAGGCAUCGCGCCUGGCCCAUUACAACAAGCGUUCAACCAUCACAUCCAGGGAGAUCCAGACCGCCGUUCGCCUGCUGUUGCCCGGGGAGCUGGCCAAGCACGCCGUGUCGGAGGGUACCAAGGCUGUCACCAAGUACACAAGCUCCAAGUAGAUAUAUUUGUAGUAACUAUAAAACCCAAAGGCUCUUUUCAGAGCCACCU